CUUUUUAUUUACAUCCCGAUGUUGAUCGAAACAGUGUACACUAGUAGAAAAUGACUGCAUUUACAGACAAGCCUUCAGAAAUUGGCAAGCAAGAAUGGUUGGAAAAGUUGGAAAAUGUUCAUCUACCGCGUACGAACAUGAAUCGUCUAGUGAUGAACUACUUAGUGACUGAGGGUUUCAAAGAAGCUGCUGAAAAAUUUGCAUUAGAGGCAGGCUUCAAGGCUCCUGCGGAGCUGGAGAGAUUGGAUGAAAGGAUCAAAAUAAGGGAUGCCAUUCAGGCUGGGAAAAUUCAGGAAGCAACAGCCUUGGUUAAUCAACUGCAUCCAGACUUACUCGAUUCAGAUCGUUAUCUCUUCUUCCAUCUCCAACAGCAACAUCUCAUUGAACUCAUUAGGCAAAAAAAUAUUGAAGAAGCUUUGAAAUUUGCUCAGGAACAUUUAGCUGAACGUGGAGAACAGAAUCCAGCCAUCUUAGGUGAAUUGGAGAGAACCCUAGCACUAUUGGCCUUUGAUGACCCUGAAAAAUCCCCCUUUGGAGAUCUACUACAUACUUCUCACCGUCAACGAGUUGCCAGCGAGUUGAACGCCGCAAUCCUCAAGGCAGAGCAUCGUGAAUCCACAACCCCUCAACUAGUCUCCUUGAUGAAAUUGGUCAUGUGGUCUCAAGAUCAGCUUGAUCAGAGAAAAGUAAAAUAUCCACGGCUGACGGACUUGGCGCGCGCCACACUGGAUGACCCGAAGUAAAUUGUUUCGACCCCAAUCAAUUACACUCAUUUCUUGUUUUGUUCCUUCCAUCGACAAAGUCUCUUCACAAAUUACUCUUUAAUCAACUGAUCCAUCGGAAUACAGACUCGUUAAAACAACA